AUGUUGAAUUUUGCAUUAAGGAGAUCGAUAUCUACGUUAAGAAGGCCAGUCGAGCCAACAAAAAAUGUCAUGCUCUUGAACAAACGAUAUUCAGAGGUUGAAAAACUCAUUUCUGAUGCAGAUAUUAGAAACAAAUACUUAGACAUAAUACGAAAUGGCUCUACUCUAUCCAAAAAUGAUGUCAGUAUGAUCUAUACAAAUUUUUUGAAAGUCAUCGAUAUUGUAAAUGGCUUCCCAACCUCCGAGUCAAUUGAUCUUUUAUUGAAUAUGUGGAAAUUUGUUUUCCAAAUAAAUUUUUCUAACGAAAAUGUUAAGGAAUUACAGCAUAAGUUUUUGAGCAAAAAAGAGCCAUUCAUUACUAUUUUGAUUAAUACAAAAAACUACUCAGUCUAUAAAGACAUAGUUGAACCGGUCUAUUCCAUUCCUGAAUUUAAGAAUUACAAGUCUACAUGGACGGAUACAUUGGCUAAUACUUUUCAAUUAGAUUCUGAUGAUAAAGGCCACAUUCUUUUUAAUAAAGGCACUAUCAUUCUGUUCUUAAAGAAUCCUCAAAAUUCGAUUGACAUUAAGAGAAGGCUAUUAGCUACUUUCCUAAAAAAAGGAGUAUUAUACUCAUCAAGCAUAAAUCAAACUUAUUAUGUGACAAAGGAGUUCAUUAAUCUAUUACAUGAAAUAGGUGAUGACCAUAUGUUAUUUAAAGAUCACGAACAUUUCAUAUUAGAUAAGGCAUUCCGAUUAAUUGCCAUUCCACCAAAAGGUGUUCAAUUUUCGGACCAUCUCCAUAGCAUUAAAAACAUAAUAGACUCAUCUGCAUGUGAAUACCCACAAACAUACUAUAAUUUUAUGACAACAUCUAUGAGAACUAUACUUCGGUUUAGUCCACACAAUGUGUUGAAUUAUUGGCAUAUUAAACUUAAUCUCGUCGAAGAACAAGGUCUUAAAGAAUCUGAUGUAUUUCACCACACUGAUUUGAAAUCUGCGAUGUCUGCAUUUUGCCUGUUGAACAUGUAUCAAUCGGUUUUAGAUCUAUAUCAAAAAUUCACAGGCUUGCGUCAUGAAGAGCAAAUAGAAGUACUUUUGAGAGUAAGUGAAGAAUUCAAAGAUUGGAAAUUAUUACAGAAGCAAUUUGAAGAUAUGUAUGGCAAAGGUCAAUUGCCUUAUGUUGUUCAUUAUUCUAUUGUUAUGAAUGCUUUAGCGGCCAUAGGAGCUAAGGAUGAGGUUAACCAGCUUUUCAAUCAAUUAUUGAAAAGAAACUUGCGUCCAACGCCAUCAAUAUAUGCUGCAUUAAUCAAUAGUGAAACCUUCUAUGGAAAUGUUGAGAGUUCUAAGUAUUGGUUUGAUGAGUAUUUAAAACAAGUCAAAGCUAAUACAAUUGAUCCAAAUUCUGGACCGUAUCUAUAUUCGUUAAUAUUCAAAUUAUAUUUGAAAUCGAGUAAUUUAGAUGCAGCAAUGAAGUUCUUAGAAGCUGCAAGGGACGAACAAGAAAGAUUGAACAUCACCCUAGUAGACACUAAGACUAUAAGUAAAUUUAUUAAUUUUGCUGGGACUAUGUACGGACUUAAGGAAUUGGAAAUUCUUCGAAAGCUAGGGCAAGAAUUGAAUUUAACUUCUGAUGAAUACUAUGAAAACUUAAUUCGGGCAUAUACAAGAUUGGACCAGUAUGAAAAGGCGAAUGAGGUGGUAUUCGAAGCUCAUCUGGAGUCAGAUGUUCCUUUCACAAGUCCCGAUAUUUACAAGGUUCAAUUGAGAAAUUACAGGUUUUGGUACAGAAAUACUCCAUCUCACGAAACUCAAAUCUUCAUUUCAGAUAGAAUCAGAUAUAUUCUCGAGCAUGUUGUUGGCAACAAUAUAAGCAACCGGAAUAAUCAUGGCUUAUAUACAGAAAUAAUUAAGCUUCACCUUGCUCGAAAUGAUUUAUCUAGUGCAGAAGCACUUUUCAACUUCGUGAAAAAUCAAAAAAUGUUAUCGGAGCAUCACUUUACUCCAUUUUUGGAUUAUCAUGCUAACCUACGUACAUUUGCGGGUUAUUCUCAUGUGUUGGAAUUGUAUCGACAAAUGGCAAAAGAAAGAGUCAAUAUAUCUACCAAAACAUAUGUACAUUUAAUCAAGGCAUUAAUUCAUUUAGAUGCGCUGAAUCAUAAGGGAUAUGAAAAUUCGUUCAAGUUGCUAAAAUCUGUUUUUGAAUUGAAUGGUUUAACUAUUAGUCCUACUGACCCGGCGCCAAGAAACCCCCAAGCUGACAUACUUGAUAAUUCAAUCGACUUAUGUAAUAUUAUUACCUCAUAUGUUAUGGCUACUGUUGGUUAUCAAAAUAAUGUUGAUCUAUUGGUUCAUUUUUUAAACCAAAUGAAAGAACGAUUAAAUGGAAAGUUAACUAAUGAAUUCAAAUUUUCGAUUUACAAGGAACUAGGACGUUUGUAUCUUAAACAGGGUAAUUUUGCAUUGGCAAAGCGAUUAAUAGACAAUGGCCUUGAAGAGUCACAUAAUAUCAUAUCAAAAUUUAUUCAUGAUUAUCCUUAUAAUAAUAUAUCUAAGGAUGAAAUACAGAUACCCAAAAGAUUGCAGUAUGAAUAUAGAAGCUUAUUAAGUUUGAAACUAAAAUGCAUGAAAACAAGCUUUGAAACACCCGAAUCAUACUAUAAAUUAUUUCAAGAUUCUGAAGAAGCCAAUAUUAAGUUAUCGGGUGAUCAAUAUCUUAAACUAAUCAAUGAACUUCUUAAAUUAUCCAAUCCAGAAGUCCUACGUUCCAUUUUGAAGAUUUGUGAAGAUCAUUUGGUUGCAGGUAACUGGGCAGAAGUUAAAUUGUUUAGAAAACUACAAUUCUUGUACAAGCUCACAGUAUUGCAUUUUAGUAGAACUGCUGGAAUUAAGGCAGUACAGAAUAACUAUGAUAUGUUAAAUCGCUAUUACAAUAUUCUUGAUAUACCACAAUUGCAAUCUACAUAUCUGUAUAUUCAUGAUCCUUUAGAAUUAUUGAAACGAGAAUUAGAUGAAUUCAAUGAGAUUCAUACGAAAGCACAUUCUAAGGGUUCCUAUUGGACUUUGGACAGGUUAUUGCUGAACAUUCCUGAAUUUUUUUCUCCAGAAAUAAGAUUAUCGACGCAAAAUAAAAUAUCGCCAUAUUUUGCUAGCAGAAUGUGGCAUCUAAUCAGUGGAUUUUGUGGUGGAGACAAAUAUAAAGCAUUCCAACUCAUGGAUGAAUUUCCUGAAACCAUUGAGUUUUUGAUAUAUAAUAGCUCUGCAAGAUUACGAUUGCAGGUAUUCAGAAAAGAAAUUGAUCAAAUCCAGCUGCCUCCGACCAGCGAUCAAAGGGAGGAUUUUGAAUCUAGACGCUUGAGAACAUUAGAAGUUCUAAACCACUUGAAAUCUACGCACAGCUCAUAUUAA